UGUAUAAACCAUUUCUUACCCUUCUUCCUCAGUUUCAACUUUCAAGCGCUCCCUCCUCGGUUGUCUUGGCGGAAAAGAAAAGAAAAGAAAAGAGGAGAAAGGAAAAGAAAACAAUGGCGGAGCCAUCAUCAGCUCCGGCAAAAUCCGAUGCAGAGAUAGAAGAAAUUCUGGAUCGGAUGCUGACUCGAUUGGCUCUCUGUGACGAUCCCAAACUCGAAGCAUUGCUCUCUAAGCUUCUCCCUUACUCAAUCGCUUCUCUGUCUUCUCAAUCCUUAGCCGUGCGGAAGAAGGUUAUUGAGAUCUUGGGCCAUGUGAACAAGCGAGUAAAGCACCAACCAGAAAUUGGUUUGCCUUUGCCAGAAUUAUGGAAAAUGUAUGUGGAAGAUAAUGCUGCUCCAAUGGUUAAGAACUUUUGCAUUGUUUAUAUUGAGAUGGCGUUUGAUCGCAUUCAUUUGGAGGAAAAGGAAAAUAUGGCACCUGUUCUGGUAGCUUGUAUUUCUAAAGUCCCUUCUCAGCACCAAGAGAUAAUUCUAAGAAUUGCUGCAAAGGUGAUUGGUGAAUGUCAUUCAAGUAGAAUUGAUGAUGAAGUUGCUGCAAAAUAUAGAUUAAUUAGUGGAUCUCAGGACAGUGCGAUAUUUCUUGAAUUUUGCCUUCAUACAAUUUUGUAUCAACCACCAGCUCAAGGUGGAGGAUGUCCUGCUGGACUUUCAAUUGCUCAAAGCAACCGUGUUACUGGAAAGCAUCCGUUGAAAAGUGAUGAUCUUUUAAUGAGAAAGUUAGGGAUCCUUAAUGUUGUUGAGAAUAUGGAGCUGGCUUCUGAGCUUGUUUAUCCUCUCUAUUUGGUUGCUUGUGCAGACUGGCAAGAGCCUGUUGUUAAGAGAGGAGAGGAGCUUCUGAAGAAGAAGGCUUCUGGUGCUAAUUUAGAUGACACAAACCUUAUAAACAGACUAUUUUUACUAUUUAAUGGGACUGCUGGUACUGAGAAUAUUGCUCCAGAAUCUAAGGUAAAUCCUGGGAAUUCUGGUUUAAGAGGAAGACUGAUGUCUAUCUUCUGCCGGUCAAUUACAGCAGCCAAUAGUUUUCCAUCAACUUUACAAUGCAUUUUUGGUUGCAUAUAUGGAAGUGGUACCACCUCAAGAUUGAAGCAGAUGGGAAUGGAAUUUACGGUGUGGGUUUUCAAACAUGCAAGAAUAGAUCAGUUGAAGCUUAUGGGCCCUGUCAUACUGAAUGGAAUUUUGAAGUCCUUAGAUGGCUAUUCAACUUCAGAUUCAGAUGCUAUUGCUAGGGAAACCAAAACCUUUGCCUUUCAAGCAAUUGGUUUGCUUGCAAAGCGAAUGCCUCAACUUUUCAGAGAUAAGAUCGACAUGGCCAUUCGGAUUUUUAGUGCAUUGAAAUCAGAGGCUCAGUUUCUUCGCCCAGUUAUUCAAGAAGCAACCAUUUCCCUUGCUUUUGCAUACAAGGGUGCACCAACAACUGUUUUAAAGGAUUUGGAAGUGCUCCUGCUAACGAAUUCUCAAGUGGAACAAAGUGAGGUCCGUUUUUGUGCUGUGAGAUGGGCAACAUCUUUAUUUGAUUUGCAACAUUGCCCGAGCCGAUUCAUUUGUAUGCUUGGGGCAGCAGAUUCUAAGUUGGAUAUAAGGGAAAUGGCACUUGAAGGCCUGUUUCCUGUUAAAGAUCAAGGACAAACUAUGAGCGAAAGUAUUGACCUUAAGUAUCCAAGAAUGGGAGACAUACUAGAUUACAUUCUUAUGCAGCAGCCAAAGUUGUUAGAUUCUGCAGAAAUAAGAGAAGAAAAGCUUCUUUUUCCAUCAAAAAUGUACUUGUCUAUGAUUAGGUUUCUGUUAAAGUGCUUUGAGGCAGAUGUGGAGCCAAGCAGUUCUAUGGAGAGAACAUCUGAAUAUUUGUCAUCAAUCGAAAAACUGUGUUUGCUGCUAGAACAUGCUAUGGCAUUGGAAGGCUCUGUUGAGUUACAUGCCAGUGCCUCCAAGGCAUUGAUUACAGUUGGAUCUCGUACUCGAGAGAUGGUAGCAUCACGCUAUUCUAUGAAAAUAUCAUGGGUAAAGCAAUUAUUAAGCCACUUGGACUGGGAGACUCGUGAAUCUGCUGCACGCUUACUUGGAAUAGUUUCCAGUGCUCUUCCUAUCUCUGGGUCAUCUGCACUUAUCUCUGAACUAGUUUCCUCAAUUAGUGGAACACAUAGGUUAAGGUUUGAAGCACAGCAUGGAGCUUUAUGUGCAAUAGGAUAUGUCACUGCAGAUUGUACGUCCCGAACACCUGCUAUCCCAGAGACAUUGCUUCAAAGUACAAUUAAAUGCCUAAUUGAUAUUUUUAAUUCUGAGUCUUCAACAUUGGCUUCCAUUGUGAUGCAAUCACUGGGUCAUAUUGGACUUCGUAGUCCAUUACCUCUGCUUGUUCAGGAUUCGGGUUCAGUUUCCAUUUUGACCGUUUUACAAGCGAAGUUGAGGAAGCUACUCUCUGGUGAUGAUCCUAAAGCAGUACAGAAAAUUGUAAUCUCUCUAGGGCAUAUCUGCUUUAAGGAAACAUCACCAUCACAUCUAAAUAUUGCCUUAGAUCUGAUUUUCAGUCUUUCCCGAUCAAAGGUUGAAGAUACCCUGUUUGCUGCUGGGGAGGCUUUAUCCUUUUUGUGGGGCAGUGUUCCUGUGACAGCUGAUAUUAUUCUCAAAACUAACUAUACAUCACUUUCGAUGACUUCAGACUUUCUUACAAGAGAUGUAUCAUCAUCUCUAUCAAGUUAUAGCUCUAAUGAAGAAACUGAAGCCAAUGAAAAUUGUCGUGUUAUGGUUAGAGAUGCAAUUACUAGAAAGCUUUUUGAUGUCCUUUUGUACAGUAGCAGAAAAGAUGAGCGCUGUGCCGGAACUGUCUGGCUACUAUCACUAACAAUGUAUUGUGGCCAUCAUCCAACCAUCCAAAAGAUGCUUCCAGAAAUCCAGGAAGCUUUUUCACACCUUUUUGGUGAACAGAAUGAACUUACACAAGAGCUAGCAUCCCAAGGCAUCAGUAUUGUUUAUGAACUUGGUGAUGCAUCAAUGAAGAGUAAUUUAGUAAAUGCACUCGUUGGCACCCUGACUGGUUCAGGGAAGAGAAAAAGAGCAAUCAAGCUGGUAGAGGACUCUGAAGUCUUCCAAGAUGGGGCUAUUGGUGAAAGUCUCGGUGGAGGGAAACUGAACACUUAUAAGGAGCUCUGUAGCUUAGCCAAUGAGAUGGGGCAGCCAGACUUAAUUUAUAAAUUCAUGGAUCUGGCUAAUUAUCAGGCUUCUCUAAAUUCCAAGAGGGGUGCUGCUUUUGGGUUUUCUAAGAUUGCCAAACAAGCAGGGGAUGCUCUUCAGCCACAUUUACGUCUAUUGGUUCCAAGACUUAUUCGUUACCAGUACGAUCCCGAUAAAAAUGUGCAGGAUGCCAUGGCCCACAUCUGGAAGUCACUAGUGGCAGACUCAAAGAAAACCAUUGAUGAAUACUUGGACCUUAUUAUUAGUGAUUUAUUGACACAAUGCGGAUCCAGGCUCUGGCAUUCCCGCGAGGCUUCCUGCCUUGCCCUUGCAGAUAUUAUCCAAGGACGCAAAUUCAACCAGGUUGGAAAGAACUUGAAAGAAAUAUGGAUAGCUGCAUUUCGUGCUAUGGAUGACAUAAAGGAGACUGUCCGAAAUUCUGGGGACAAGUUAUGCCGUGCUGUAGCUUCACUCACAACAAGGCUAUGUGACGUCUCACUUACUGGAACAUCAGAUGCGAAACAAGCAAUGGAUAUUGUUCUGCCAUUUCUGCUAGCUGAAGGCAUAAUGAGUAAAGUUAACAAUAUCAGUAAGGCAUCUAUUGCCAUAGUCAUGAAGCUUGCAAAGGGUGCAGGCAAUGCAAUACGUCCACAUUUAUCUGAUUUAGUUUGUUGCAUGCUAGAAAGUUUAUCAAGUCUUGAAGACCAAGGGCUCAAUUAUGUUGAGUUGCAUGCAGCAAAUGUUGGAAUAAAAACAGAAAAGCUUGAAAGUUUGCGAAUUUCAAUUGCAAGAAGCUCACCAAUGUGGGAAACUCUUGACAUUUGUAUAGCAGUUGUGGAUACUCAAUCAUUAGAUCUGUUGGUUCCUCGUCUUGCUCAACUUGUUCGAUCUGGAGUAGGCCUUAACACAAGGGUUGGUGUAGCUAGCUUUAUUUCCUUAUUAAUUCAGAAAGUUGGCAGUGAUAUCAAACCAUUUACAAGCAUGCUAUUGAAGCUCGUGUUUCCAGUGGUUAAGGAAGAAAAAAGUGGGUCAGUGAAACGUUACUUUGCAAGUGCUUGUGCAGUUGUGUUGAAGUAUGCAGAUCCUUCUCAAGCACAAAAGUUAAUCGAAGAGAGUGCAGCUUUGCACACUGGUGACAGGAAUGCCCAAAUUUCAUGUGCAAUUUUAUUGAAAGCCUAUUGCUCUGUGGCUGCAGAUACAAUGAGUGGAUAUCAUGCUACAAUUGUUCCAGUUAUUUUUAUCUCAAGAUUUGAGGAUGACAAGCAUGUUUCCAGUAUAUUUGAGGAGUUGUGGGAAGAAAACACCAGUGGUGAACAGGUCACCCUUCAAUUAUAUUUGCAAGAGAUUGUUUCUCUUAUUUGUGAAGGCAUGGCAUCAUCAUCCUGGGCGAGUAAAAGAAAGUCAGCCCUGGCAAUUAGUAAGCUUUGUGAAAUUCUGGGUGAAAGCCUGUCUUCUUGUCAUCCUGUUCUGCUCAAAUCUCUUAUGAAAGAAAUUCCUGGUCGAUUAUGGGAGGGAAAGGAUGCUAUUUUAUAUGCAAUUGGUGCUCUGUGUAAGUCUUGCCAUAAAGCAAUGUCCGCCAAAGAUCCUACCACUUCCAAUGCCAUUUUGAGUGCAGUAUCUUCUGCAUGCACAAAGAAAGUCAAGAAGUACUGUGAAGCAGCUUUUUCCUGUCUAGAACAGGUUAUAAAUGCCUUCGGAAAUCCAGAAUUCUUUAAUAUUUUAUUCCCAUUAUUGUUGGAAAUGUGUAAUACAGCCACUCCCACGAAGUCAGGGAAAUCACCUUUGGGAACUGAUGCUAAAGCAGAAUCAAAUGAAGGGGAAGAUAUUUCUGCACCACAUGAUAAGAUUCUGGGCUGCAUAACAUCUUGCAUUCAUGUAGCAUGUGUAAAUGAUAUUCUUGAACAGAAGGAGAAUUUGAUACAUGUGUUCUUAGUUUCCUUGUCUCCUGGGUUUCCAUGGACAGUCAAAAUGUCAGCAUUUUCAUCAAUCAAGGAACUCUGUUCAAGGCUCCACGAGAUUGUGGAUGAGUCAGAAGAAACCUCCCUAGAUGUUGGGGUGACUUCUUUAAUUUAUGAGUUGUUUCACUCUGUGUCACCUAAAGUAGUUGAAUGUAUAAGCACAGUGAAGAUUGCCCAGGUUCACAUCACUGCUUCAGAGUGCCUCUUGGAAAUGAUUGAGCUGUACAAAAAUCUCCCAUCAGUGCAGUGGACAGAUGGAGGGUUUAAGGAUGAGCUUCUUCACCUUUAUGAGAUGGAAAAGAAUGAGCAGGCCAAGUCGUUGUUAAAAGCUUGUAUUGACGGCCUUAAAGGCCUGGAAAAAGAAAACGCCUAAACAGCCUGAGUUCAUGUAAAAGCAUGAAGCUGAUGAAGGCGUUGCUGCUCAUAAGCAGAAAUGAUUCAACCAGCUCAUAUGCCAUUUGCAACAUGAUACCAAUCAUUCACAGAUGAGAAGACCGCCAACAGAAAACAGGGGACACUAGAGAAAAUUGCAAAUGGUUGAAACUCAAAUUCACCGAAUCGAACUGAUUAUUGACAUAAUUCACGAAAUGAGAUCCUAACCCUUUUAUUUGCUGAGAUCUGAGAUUUAAGGUGGAGUCAUCCAAUGCAAGCCCUUUUUUCCUUUGAAAUUUACUGGGCAUGACAUUGGAUGCGAAAGGUUAGAUGUGAGCACUGAGGGCAGGAAAUAAUUUCAUCAGGUAUAUGAUACAACCCAUGAAGGCUCUAUCAGCAACUUAUCUUUUACAGGAAAUAUAUAUGAUCCAAAAGAGGUCCACUUUUAUUGGUUA